GCGCCCGGGAUGCGCGCGCGAGCCCUGGCCGCCCCCGCCCCGCCGCCGCCGCCUGCAGCCAGCCUCGCGGAGCGCGCGCGCCCCCGCCCGCCCCGUCGCCUGGCCCGUGGCCCGGGGGAUGUGAGCCGCGCCGCCGGCACGCCGCGCCGGCCAUGGACGCAUCGUAUGAUGGUACUGAGGUAACUGUUGUGAUGGAGGAAAUUGAGGAAGCCUACUGUUACACCGCCCCUGGGCCACCCAAGAAGAAGAAAAAGUACAAAAUACAUGGAGAAAAGGCCAAGAAACCCAGGUCGGCUUACCUUCUGUACUAUUACGACAUCUACCUGAAAGUGCAGCAGGAGCUCCCCCACCUCCCCCAGUCUGAGAUCAAUAAGAAGAUUAGUGAGAGCUGGCGGCUUCUCAGCGUGGCGGAGAGGAGCUACUACUUGGAGAAAGCCAAACUGGAGAAGGAAGGCUUGGAUCCUAAUUCGAAGCUCUCUGCACUGACGGCCGUGGUUCCGGACAUCCCAGGCUUCCGAAAGAUUCUCCCCCGCUCAGAUUACAUCAUCAUCCCCAAGAGCAGCCUGCAGGAGGACCGGAGCUGCCCUCAGCUAGAGCUCUGUGUGGCCCAGAACCAGGUGGCCCCCAAAGGAUCGUCUUUGGUGUCCAGCGCCGGCUUGGAGACAGUGUCUAGCCAUGCAGGCGUGGCAGAGCAGUGCCUGGCCGUGGAGACCCUCUCGGAAGAGGUGGGAGGCCUUGCCCAGCCAGGCACUGUGCAGGAGGUGACCACCUCAGAGAUCCUCGGCCAGGAUGUCGUCCUGGAGGAGGCGUCCCUGGAGGUCGGGGAGAGCCACCAGCCCUACCAGACAAGCCUGGUAAUCGAAGAAACCUUAGUGAAUGACUCACCGGAUGUCCCCACUGGAAACCUGGCUAUCCCCCAUCCCCAGACUGGGGAGAGCGUGUCAGUGGUGACAGUCAUGAGGGACUCCAGUGAGAGCAACUCCUCGGCACCAGCCACACAGUUCAUCAUGUUGCCUCUUCCUGCCUACUCAGUUGUGGAGAACCCCACCUCCAUCAAACUGACCACCACGUACACACGUCGGGGCCACGGGACGUGCACCAGCCCAGGAUGCUCCUUUACGUACGUCACCAGGCACAAGCCACCUAAGUGCCCUACCUGUGGUAACUUCCUAGGAGGGAAGUGGAUCCCAAAGGAAAAGCCAGCUAAAGUCAGAGUAGAAUUGGGGUCUGGUGUUGCCUCCAGAGGCUCCUUGGUUAAGAGAAAUCAGCAGACUCUCGCCUCCGAGCAAAGGUCCCCGAAGGAAAACGCCUGCAAACUGACUUCAGAGAACUCGGAAGCUGUUACCCAGCUACUAAAUGUGACCCCUACGAAAGAAUUGAGUGAGGACAAUGAGUGGGAGGGAAUGCUCAUCUCCGAUGCCCAAGUUGUGGUUAAGGAAACUCCUGGAAAUCGGGACACAGCAGUCACCAAAACGCCAGUGGUCAAGAGUGGUGUGCAGUCUGAGGUUUCUCUGGGAACAGUUGAGAAAGACACUCCUGGACCAGAUGGGCCACCCCCAGCUGAAGGUACCACCACCUCUGGUCCACUCCCUGUUUCCCGAAGAGCCACAGGAGUUGACCCGCUCCCCUCGGGGCCAAGAGCCUCUGAGCUGAAAGGCAGAAUGCGGGGCAAGCCCUCCUUACUGGCCGCAGCGAGACCCAUGCGAGCGAUCCUCCCAGCCCCAGCUAAUGUGGGGCGAGGCAGCAGCAUGGGACUGCCCAGGGCCAGGCAGGCCUUUCCCCUGAAUGAUAAGACUCCCUCUGUGAGGACUUGUGGCCUGAAGCCAAGCACUCUGAAGCAGCUGGGCCAGCCCGUCCGACAGCCUUCCAGCACCAGCGAGCUACCAAAUGUCCCAGCCAAUAGGACAUCUCAGGUGAAAGUUGUGGAGGUCAAGCCUGAUGUGUUCCCUCCAUACAAGUACAGCUGCACGGUCACGCUGGAUUUAGGCCUGGCUACAUCGAGAGGCCGGGGGAAGUGCAAGAAUCCUUCUUGUAGCUACGUCUACACCAACAGGCACAAACCGCGGGUCUGUCCCAGCUGUGGCUUUAACCUCGCCAAAGACCGGACUGAGAAAACCACCAAGGCUCUUGAGGCGAGCGCCCCCCUCCCAGAGGUGCUGAGUGCCACAGAGCCCCUGAGUGCCACCCAGAGGGAGAUCCAGCGCCAGUCCACGCUGCAGCUGCUGCGCAAGGUCCUGCAGAUCCCUGAGAACGAGUCAGAGCUGGCUGAGGUCUUCGCCUUGAUUCACGAGCUCAACAGCUCUAGGCUCAUCCUGUCCAACGUGAGUGAGGAGACGGUCACCAUCGAGCAGACCUCUUGGUCGAAUUACUAUGAGUCUCCGUCCACGCAGUGCCUUCUCUGUAGCAGCCCAUUAUUCAAAGGGGGACAAAACUCCCUGGCCGGGCCCCAGGAGUGCUGGCUGCUGACUGCCAGUCGGUUGCAGGUGGUGACUGCCCAGGUGAAGAUGUGUCUGAACCCCCACUGUCUGGCCCUGCACAGCUUCAUGGACAUUUAUACAGGUCUUUUUAAUGUGGGGAACAAGCUGCUGGUGAGCCUGGACCUGCUUUUUGCAAUCCGAAACCAGAUCAAGCUGGGCGAGGACCCCCGCGUGUCCAUCAACGCUGUGCUGAAGUCGGUGCAGGAACAGACAGAGAAGACCCUGAGCCCUGAGGAGUCGAGGCAGCUGCAGGAGCUGCUCUGUAAUGGCUACUGGGCCUUCGAGUGCCUCACUGUCCGGGACUACAAUGACAUGAUCUGUGGCAUCUGCGGCGUGGCCCCCAAGGUGGAGAUGGCCCAGAGGAGCGAAGAGAACGUGCUGGCACUGAGGAGUGUGGAGUUCACCUGGCCUGAAUUCUUGAGCUCCAGUGAGGUCAAUGUGGAGGACUUCUGGGCCACAAUGGAGACCGAGGCGAUUGAGCAGGUGGCCUUCCCCACCAGCAUCCCCAUCACCAAGUUUGAUGCGUCUGUCAUCGCCCCCUUCUUCCCACCACUCAUGCGAGGGGCCGUGGUCGUCAACACGGAGAGAGACAAGGACCCGGAUGUGCAGCCAGCACCAGGAGACGGCGGCGCCCUGGUGCGGCUGCUGCAGGAGGGCAGCUGCCGGCUGGAGGAGCUCGGCUCCUACGACGAGGAGCACCUGCGGGGGCUGCUGCGCCGGUGUGCCAUUCCCUUCACGGCCCAGGACUCCAAGGACCAGCUCUGCGUCUCUUUGCUGGCCCUCUACAAAUCUGUCCAGAAUGGAGCCAGAGCCACACAGCCACCGCCCCACCUCACAGGGGGUAAGAUCUACAAGGUGUGCCCCCACCAGGUGGUGUGUGGCUCCAAGUACCUCGUUCGGGGUGAGAGCGCCCUGGACCACGUGGACCUGCUUGCCUCCUCACGCCACUGGCCCCCUGUCUACGUGGUGGACAUGGCCGCCCCGGUGGCCCUGUGUGCCGAGCUCUGCUACCCGGAGCUGACAAACCAGAUGUGGGGGAGGAACCAGGGCUGCUUCUCCAGCCCCACGGAGCCGCCUGUGAAUGUGUCCUGCCCAGAGCUCCUGGACCAGCACUAUGCUGUGGACAUGGCGGACACAGAGCACUCGGUCCAGCACCCGGUCACCAAGACCACUGCCCGGCGCAUAGUGCACGCAGGCACCCCACCCGGCCCUGCUGACCCCAGUGCCGGACACCACUCCUUGACCCUGUGCCCCGAGCUGGCUCCUUAUGCCGCCAUCCUGGCCUCCAUCGCGGACAGCAAGCCCAGCAGCGUCCGCCAGCGGCCCAUCGCCUUCGACAAUGCCACCCACUAUUACCUCUACAACCGCCUCCUGGACUUCCUCACCAGCCGUGAGAUCGUCAACCGGCAGAUCCACGACAUCGUGCAGAGCUGCCAGCCGGGCGAGGUGGUCAUCAGAGACACCCUCUACCGCCUAGGGGUGGCUCAGAUCAAGACUGAAGCUGAGGAGGAGGAGGGGGAGGAGGCGGCGGCGGCGGUAGCGACCGCGGCUGAGUAGCCUCGCGCUGUGGGACAGCACAUCUCUGAAGCCAUAGUGAGGCCUGGCGGGGUGGCCGGUGUGGGCCCUCCGAUGCCGGGACUGACCAAAGAGCUUCCAUCCCCCGGGCCCACAGCCUUGCUUCCACAUCCCUAGGGUCGGGGGAGGCGCCGGGAGCCUGCUGGGGCUCCUCUGCAGAGGGAGGGCAGUCUAGGGGCCCCGGGCUGACUGCGGGGCAGGCGGGAGAGGGGUGCUGGAGACUCCCCGGGUGCUGUGGGCCCGGCUUCUCCCAGAGGAGGGGUGUGAUUCUCUCCUGCUGUUCCGGACUGUCCUCCGCCCUGCCCCCUUCCGCGGGCCUGUGCCGUCCACCCGGUGGCUGGAGGAAACGUUCCCUUCCGUGAAGGGGAAGCAGACAGGGUGGGACGGGAACGCGGGGCUGCUCGGUGCCUGCGGUUUGCCAGGGCGCAGGAAGCGGCUGUGACUUAAUUUAUUGAGGGGAGCAGAGUCAGUGGCUUUUCCCCUCCCUCUUCCCCUGACGAGAAUAAAAGUUUAUUAACUGC